GCCGCGUCGUCGACGUGGAGCGGCGCCGCGCAGGGCAGGGCCGAUCUGGAGCAGCUGAUCAACCAGAUGCACCCAUCGCUGCGCCCCGCGGCGCGGGCCCACGCCGCGGAGACCCGGGGCACGGUGGGCGCGGACGCGAGGGGCCGCCGCGGGGGCGCCGGGGCUCCGCAGCAGGGCGCCGCGAAGAGGGCGUCCGUGCUCGCCGCGGAGUUCUACGCGAAGAAGGAGCAGCGGGAGCGGGAGGCGCAGGCGGUGCAGGAGCGCCGGCAGGUGCUCGAGCGCUGGGAGCUCCAGCUGCGCUCCGGCGAGGCCAUGAGCGAGGACCAGCUCUGCUGCAUCCUGGUGGAGGCGGAGAUGGACCCGAGGCUCCGCAUGGCGGCGGCCCUGCGGCUCGCGCGGGCGCUAGCCGCGCAGAACGCGGGGGGGAGGGCCCGUUUCCUCAGCGAGCUCGAGGCGAUGAUUCUCAAGGGCAGCGCGCUGCUGCUCGCAGACCCCACCAGCGCUCUGGAGCUGGCGAACCUGAUGGGCAAGGAGCUCGGCAGGCCCAACCUCGAGGAGAUGAUCUGCGCCGAGCUGGAGAGGGAGGCCAUGCGGCUGCCCCCCAGCAGGACCAACCCCUUCAGGUACAUGCUCGUGGACCUGGCCGAGCGGCGGACCCCGAAGCCCGCCGGCGAGCGCCGGCAGAUGAAGCGCACCGUGCGGCAACUCCGGCUGACCCUUGAGCUCGGCGCGGUCACGUUCCAGAGCCAGGGCGCGCAGCAGGAGGAGGAGAACGCUUGGGCGGCCCCCGGCGGCCAGCCGCACGGCGACGGCGUCGGGCACCUGCGCGGCCUGCAGAGGCGCGAGUCGCUGAAGCUGGGCCCGCCCCGGAGCCCCAGCCACGGCGACGGCGCCUCCUCCGCCGGCGAGGAA